AUGGAAGGCGCAAUUGAACAGGACAAGAUCGUAAUGACAGGCAAGGAAAACUCGAAAUAUUACAAGGAAGCUUUAGAAGUAUAUAAAGAAGAACAGAAAGAGAAAGCGCAGAGUGCUGGCCAAGACGAUCAAGACGAGGAAGAAGAAUGGGAUGAGAGAAUUGAGAAAUCCGGUUGUUUUGUGGAAAAUAUGGCCUUACAGCUUUGUCAUGCUGAUACUGGGGAUUGGAGACAAUGUUUAGGCGAAAUGCAAUCUUUUAAGGAUUGUUGGAACAAAAAUGGCAAUAAUGAAAGGGUUAACACGGUUGAUGUAUAG